UUCUGCCCAUUCUUAUUGAGAAGGAAAUGUUCAGCAAUUUGAUUUGGAUGUUUAUUCUGCUCUGCAGCUCUGUAGCAGAUGAAAAAUCUAUCAGAGAUGCUGACAUUUUUCCUUCAUCUCCUGUAAUUGAAAGAGGAUCCUCCCUGGAACUAUCCUGUGUUCUUAGAAAGAACUACUUGCCUCAGAGAAAUGCAAGCCACAUCAUCUGGAAACUGAACGAUACAUUGAUUGCUCCAGAAAACUAUAACAUUGUGAAUGAGACUGUAUCUAAUAUAACCAUCCAUAAUUUCACUUAUAACAUAGCUUAUGUGAAUUGUUCCAUGAAGUACUUGGACAAGGAACUACCUUUGGCACACACAGAAGUUAAAUCUGGGUUUCGUCCAGACAUUCCAGAAAAUAUUUCUUGCAUUUAUUUCUAUGGUGUUAACCUUACCUGUACUUGGAAUGCAGGAAGAGAAACAAGUUUUGCAACAAACUAUACUCUUUAUCGAAGACAGAUGCAUUCUAAAUAUUCAGUCAAGUUCUGCCAGAGUGCAACAGAGUCGUGUUCAUUUUCUCAUCGAGAAAAUGCUUACAAUAACGAUUUUUGUUUUCAGGUGAAAGCUAAAAAUGUUUUGGGUGAAUCCUUAACAGAAUGUGUUCCUAUAUCUUUGCAAAAAAUAGAGAAAUUUGCCCCUCCUGAAAUUCUUUCAGUUAAAAAAAUCCCUGGUAUAAAGCAGUUACUUACAGUAACCUGGAAAAUGCCUGAGAAGAUUAUCCCUUUAAAAUCCAUAAUUUGCCAGCUUCAAUACAGAAACCUGUACUCAAACUUCACUGAAUUUGUCAAUGUCUCACUGAAUUCUAAGAAGGGUGGUGUAAUAGGAUCAUGUAAUCUCACAGGUCUGUGGGACUCCACAGACUAUUCUGUUGCCAUUCGGUGUAUCAAUAAUGAAUCAGUAUUUUGGAGUGGAUGGAGUGGGGAGAAAAAUGGAAGCACAGAAGAAAAAGCUCCUUCAGGAAAAGUGGAUUUGUGGAGAGUAAUUGAGUCUUCACACUCAUCUAGAAAUAGAUCUGUACAUCUUAUGUGGAAGCCAUUAAAAAGCUUUCCACCUUCUGGGAGAAUUCUAGGCUACAAAAUACAGUAUUUUCCAGAAAAAAAGACAGCACAUAAAAGGACAAACAACUCUACUGAAAAGAAAAUCACCUUACUUUUAAAUGAAGAGGCACAUAUAAUAUCUGUCACUGCCUAUAACUCUGCUGGAGAGUCUCCUGAAGCUAUUUUGAGGAUUCCAUCUAUUGAUGAAAAAUCCAAUCAGGCGAUUGAAACAGUGAUGACCUCUACAACAAAUGAGGAAGUGGUGGUGCAAUGGAUAACCUCUGAACCAGAAACAACCAAAUAUGUGGUUGAGUGGUAUGAGGAAUUGGAGAUGGACCCUUUCGGUAGAUCGUGGCAAUAUGUAUCAAAUUCUACAGAGUGGAAAAAUAACAAAAAAAACUUUAAACCAUUUAUAUGCUAUAACAUCUCGGUGUAUCCUCUUUAUGGAAGUAAUGUAGCAGCUCCAUCUUAUGCACAAAUCUAUGCUCAAGAAAAAAAGCCAUCAGAAGGACCUGUGGCUGAUACAGGCAUUCUGGGGAAAAAUGAAGUUACAAUAAAGUGGAAUGAGAUUUCAAAGGCUAAAAGAAAUGGAUUUAUCACUAACUAUACAAUAUUUUAUAGACCUGAAGAUGGAAAAGAAUUGAAUGAAACAGUGAACUCUGACGUUCUGCAGUACAGACUGAAGUCCUUGCAGGCUAAUACACAAUAUACUGUUCAGAUCAUGGCAAGCAACAAAGCUGGUGGAACCAUUGGAGAGCAAAAAACCUUCAAGACUUUGAAAUUCGAUAAAGAAGAUUUCUUUUUUAUUGCUAUACCUGUUGGGAUAAGCGUGUUGUGUCUGAUAGGCCUUUGGAUAACAUGUGUUUUGAAAAAACAUGCGUUUAAAAAGGUUUGCUGGCCUGAUAUACCAAAUCCUGAAGAGAGCCUUGCAGUGGAAUGGCCUCUUGCUUCAUCUAUGAAUAAUUCAUUUUUGAAGAGACUGUCAUCUCAGACUAAAAGUGUAGACUUUGAAGACAUAAAUGCUUUGGAAUAUUGUUUUCCCGAAGAAAGGCCGGAAGGAUCACUACUAAUAAAUUAUGAAAACCAUGUUUCUGAAUGUACUGAUAUUAAUACAAAAGACAUAACUAACAGAGAUGAAAAGAUACUGCGUAAUGAAGAGAAUGAAGUUGCUAAAUGUUUUUCCCCAUCCAUGCCUUAUAUAAUUGCUGAGCAAUUUACCAGAAGUCAAAUGCAUUCAGCUUUGAUACCAGUGAAAGAAGCCCAACCCAUAGAAAUGGUUGGAAAUGUUUUGUGUGGAUCCCAACAGAAUCCAACUAAAAAUGAAGAAAGUGAUGAUGAAGAAGUUUUAAAGCUGGAAGAUUUCAGUGAAAAAGCACUGUUCAAUCCAUACCUUAAAAAUUCGGUUAAAACACGGGAAUUUCUUGUUUCUGAGAGCUUGCCAGAACAUAGUAUGGAUGAACACAAAAGCCAGUCAAAUGUCUCACCUCCUUUUCAACCAAAUGUUCCAGGACAAUCCUACAUAACACUGGACAUGUUCAGGCUGGCCAAAGCUCAGUAACGUGAGAAAACUUCAUUGUAAAAUCCUCGUGUGAGAUAUCCCUUGGCACUGCUGCUCAUAGGCAUUCAUAUAUUCUACCGUGGCUGAUCUCAGUUAAUUUGGAUGGGAACACCCUCUUCCUUCAAAUAGCUGUGAAGUAAUUUUUUACACUGUAUGUGUACAUGUCAGAGUGCACUUUCAGUGUGGAUGUUUGGGGUUCUUGUUGGUUUGCUUUUUUGUUUUGGUUUGUUUUUUUACCAGACAUGCCAGUAAUGAGGCAAAAGAAAUAGCUUUUGUUAUUUCUUCUUAGUUCUCCUGUAUCAACCUGCUAAAACAAACCAAUAUUUGCUGCAGGAGCAUCCAGCAGUACAAGCAGCUCAUUUCCUUCUCCCCACACAACCAGUUUCCAAGGCUCAGCUCUGAUGGGGAAACAUGGGCGAACUCGAACCGUCAGAAUCUGCUGAAUCCUUCCUUCAGUUACAUGAAGAAGAAAUACUUUCCUGUUCUUAUUUCCCUUGAUUGUUUUUUAUCCGGUUUUAUAUAUCGUGUUCCUCUUGUUUUACAAAUAUUUUCUGGAUUUCAGAAGUUGUCUUUUGUUAUCCUGACUCCUGAAUUAAUAGUUUGGCUUAUCGUUUCUUGUCUUUAAUAAGAGCAUAUUUGCUAUGUUAUCUGCAUUUUGGAAAAUGUGUUAUGCUUGCUAUGUUGCUUUCCUUUCCUUGCUCAUGUUUUUAAUAGUCCUCAGCAUUUUGUGCUGUUUUUGUUUCUCCUGUUUGUUUCCUGCUUUUUAAAACUGCUUACUGAAGACCAAUUUCUUAUCUUCUUGUUCCUGUGCUUCUAAUUUGUUUCAAUUUAAAACUGUGUU